AUGCAGGAGACCGUCUCGAGGUUCACAACGAAAGACGAUGUCUUUCAACCCGGAUUCCUAGAAGGAUAUCUCGAAAACGCACAUAACCUGUCUGCCUAUGGAAAUAUCAACAAGGUCGUCUUCGCAUCGCCAAGCUACCAUUCGCGGGGCCCUAUUGUGCAGGCAAGCUUGGAUGGUGAUGUUCCCGAGGGACCAUACUUUCUUGCAGUGGGGACAGGGGCUCUCUACCAGGCUUUUCGGCUAUACCCCGACCACCAGCUCGCGUUUACAGAAGCCGCGGUUAGUGAUGGUAAUGGUGGGUAUAGGCCAUUACCUGCUGUAACAAAAGGUGCUAUGACGAAGGCAGUAGCCGUACCCUCCAGACUAUACUUCACCCCAAGCCCAAAUAAGCCACUUGCUGGACUCCGCCUCGGCAUAAAAGACAUCUUCGACCUAGCUGGCCUCCGCACAAGCGGCGGAAACCGCGCCUUCUACAAUCUCUACCCACCGCGCAACACAACAGCGCCCGCGAUCCAGCGCCUCAUCGACGCGGGUGCCAUCGUCGUAGGAAAAAUGGGAACCGUACAGUUCGCCAACGGCGACAAUCCGACGGCAGACUGGGUGGAUUUUCAUUGUCCGUUUAAUCCGAGGGGUGACGGAUACCAAUCGCCCGGCGGCUCCUCAUCUGGCCCCGCGUCCGGGAUAGCGUCGUACGAGUGGCUUGAUAUCGCCGUUGGAAGUGAUACGGGCGGAUCAAUGCGGAAUCCCGCUGGAUUGCAAGGGAUCUAUGGGAAUCGGCCGUCGACAGGGGCUGUUACCAUGGAGGGAGUUUUGCCGCUCUGCGAUGUGCUGGAUACGGCCGGUGUGUUUGCGAGGGAUGCCAGAACGCUAAGCACCGUGCUUCAUGCGUGGUAUCAGGACUCGGAAAGGGCGUAUAAAGGAUAUCCGAGGCGUUUGUUUUACUCCAAUGCAUCGUUUCCCGAUAAUACGACGGAAGCUGGGGCGCUUCUCGAGGAGGUUGUCGCAGGAAUUGAGGGGUUCUUAAGGGUGAGGAGGGAAGUCGUUGAUACGCCUUCGCGGUGGGCGGAGACGCAUCCGUCUGGGGCACCAAGUAAUAUCACAGAACUAUUGAACACGACAUACGCAAUCCUCACAUCACUGCACCAGUACAAGACCCUCGCCCUCCCCUUUUUCACUGACUACGCAGCCAAACACGACGGCCGUCAACCCUACAUAAAUCCUGGGCCGCGUGUCCGCUGGGCCUGGGGUCAAGAGAACGGCGGUGACACAGGCUACGAGAUGGCCAUCCGAAACAAAACAAUAUUCAAAGACUGGUGGGAAUCACAGGGCUAUGGUGUACCCAAUGAAGAUACCUGCUCGGAGGGUAUAUACAUCUAUCCCUAUUCCACGGGGAAGACACAGUAUCGGGAUGUUUAUACCAGCGCCCCUACUGAGCCGCCAAUGGGUUUCAAAGACGGUCGCAUCGCAACAAUGGCUGGUGUGCCUGAUGUUGUGGUUCCUGUUGGCGAGGUGUCAUAUGCUUCUACUGUUUCGCUGCGAACCGAGUAUAUGCCCGUGACUAUGAGUCUUGUUGCGGCCAGGGGCUGCGAUCUUAUGCUUGCCAGCCUGGCUAGGGAUUUAGAGAAGGCAGGAAUCUUGAAGGCUGCGGGGACGGGGUCGAGGAUGUAUGAUUGA